AUGGUUGUUAGGGGCACACAAACUAAUAUAUCUUUCUCCUGUCUCUUUAUCGAAGUCAACCUCGACCCAAGACCAAACCAAACAGCCUACACCCCACCGUCCCACAACACCAACGAAAAGCAGACACUCAUCUAUAGCCAAGCCACCACCAUGUCCUCAGCUGAGGCUUUCCCUCCCUCCAUGGGAAGGGGAUCGGAACACGCUAACGAUAGAAACAAGACCGCCAACGGCAAGAUCGACAGCAAGCCGAAUGACAAACACCACGCCGAACCCAACAGUCAACAUGCCGCCUCGGAGUCUCACGGCAAGUCUCACACCAGCGAGCCCAACAGCAGCAGCAAGAGCAGCACCAGUGGCGGCAAGACCGCGCCGUCCUCCUCCUCCUCCUUGGGCUCUCGGAACCCUCAAGACCUGAUCCAGCGAGGCGUGUACAAGUCCAACCUGCUGGGCACCGCCACCUUCAUCGGCCUUCGCGCGCUCGACCCGCUGCUACAGUACAAGUUACUCGCGGGCGACUGGGGCACACGCCUGCUGUCCAAGCUGAACAUCUCGUCGAUCCCGCUGUACGACUACGUGUUGGAGACGACCACUGCGGAGGGGACCAAGGCGUCCAUCAUCCGGCACCUCCCCCUGCCGCGCCUUUUGCUGUUGCUCAUGUCUGCGGGAUCCAGUCUCAAGCAGAUCUACUGGCUUUUGAGUCUAUCUCGAGAGGAACUUACCCCUGCUGCGGCGGUGGAGGUGUCAUUGUUCAACACAGUCGUCAACACCAUGGGUUCCUUGCUGUUGUUGAGCACCUCGACUUCGGCCGCCCUCUCAACCCCGCGCAUCACCAUCCCCUUCACUUUCGACUCAGCCACGGGCACGUACAUGUCCCUGCCGCUGCCCAUCGCACUCGGCACGGUCAUGUACGUGACGGGCAUGGCGAUCGAGACCCUCACGGAGCGCACGCGCAAGAAGUUCAAGGAUGACGAGGCCAAUGAGGGCAAGAUCUGCCGCGAAGGGCUCUGGAAUAAGGCGCGCCAUAUCAACUAUGGCGGGUACACGCUGUGGAGGGCCGGGUACGCGAUGGCGGCGGGCGGCUGGAUCCCGGCCCUGGGCGUGGCGGCGUUCCAUAUCUGGCACUUUGUUAGCAGGAGCACGGUGUACAUGAGCGAGUACAUGCAGAGCAGGUAUGGGGAGCAGUGGGAACGAUACAAGAAGGAGGUUCCGUAUUCGUUGUUUCCUGGUCUUUACUGAACGGUAUUUUCGUGGUCUCGCUGAAGGGGAAGAGGAGGGAAGACAACCGCUCGGGGUUUAUCUGUGUGAUCGGUUAUGUAGACUUGGGCGUCUGUGAUGGCAUAGUGGUGAUAGUGUGAGGUAAGUAAGUUAGCUCUCAGGGCUGAGUGGCGGUUCAAUACUGAGGGUUUCUACUACUGUCUCUGUAAUAAUACUGUGUUAUUGGAAAGAUUGUAAGAAGUGUCCAAGUCAAACUUUAUGCUGCCGUAGCACAGCUUCACGUCUGAGCGGACA